CUCAAUCAGUGAGGCGCGUACCAAAUUAUAAGACCGAUUUGGGAUUUUAUGCUGGUGGUGGUUCAAUUUGGUGACUCUGUUUUCGGUGCAAUUGCGUUUCCUUCUUCUUCGUCUCUGUUGGGAACGAAAGGGAGCGAGCGAUGGAGGAAGUGGUGGCGGGACGGGCGGCGGCGCUUGUUGUCGCGCUGCUGCUAAUGGCGGCGGCGGCGGCGGCGCCGCUGUGCUGCGCCAAUGACCCCACCGCCUACUUCAACUGGGACGUCUCCUACGUCACCGCCUCACCUCUCGGCGUCCCUCAGCAGGUGAUAGCGGUGGCGAAGCAGUUCCCUGGUCCCAUCGUGAACGUGACCACCAACUGGAACGUCGUCGUGAACGUGCGCAACAGCUUGGACGAGGAUCUCCUCCUUACAUGGGAUGGGAUACAGAUGCGGAAGAACUGUUGGGAUGACGGGGUCUUGGGCACCAACUGCCCCAUCCCGCCGGGCUGGAACUGGACUUACGACUUCCAGGUGAAGGACCAGAUCGGCAGCUUCUUCUACUUCCCCUCCCUCGGCCUCCAGCGCGCCGCCGGCGGUUACGGCGGCAUCAUCGUCAACAGCCGCGACGUAGUCCCGGUGCCCUUCGCCAAGCCCGAUGGUGACAUCACCCUCUUCAUCGGCGAUUGGUACAUCAAGAACCAUACGGACUUGAGGAAGAUGCUCGACGAUGGGAAGGAUCUCGGCAUGCCUGACGGCGUUCUGAUGAACGGGAAGGGGCCAUAUCGCUAUAAUGCCACACUCGUUCCGGACGGCAUCGACCAUGAGACCAUCAAUGUCGAACCAGGGAAAACAUAUCGCUUCCGCAUCCACAAUGUCGGUGUUUCUACUAGCUUGAACUUGAGGAUCCAAAAUCACAACCUACUUCUCGUCGAAACAGAAGGAACGCACACUCUGCAACAGUCCUAUACCAAUCUAGAUAUACAUGUUGGACAAUCCUACUCUUUCCUGGUCACCAUGGAUCAGAAUGCAAGCAGCGACUACUACAUCGUUGCAAGCGCCAGGUUUGUGAAUGAGUCGCUUUGGACUAGAGUGACUGGUGUUGCCAUCUUGCACUAUUCAAACUCAAGAGGGAAGGCAUCUGGUCCUCUUCCUGAUCCUCCUAAUGAUUUCUAUUACAAGGGCUUCUCGAUGAACCAGGCAAGAUCCAUCAGGACAAACCUGAGUGCUGGCGCUGCUCGUCCUAAUCCUCAAGGAUCAUUCAGAUACGGUUUGAUUAAUGUGACUCGAACAUAUAUGUUGAGAAAUAUGCCACCCGUUAUCAUCAAUGGAAAGCUUCGAACUACAUUGAAUGGUAUCUCGUAUUCUCCCCCUACCACUCCAUUGCGGCUUGCUGAUCAUCACAACAAGACUGGAGUAUACACACUUGAUUUCCCCACUAGACCACUUGAUGAACCACCUCGAAUUGGAACCUCUGUGAUCAAUGGGUCAUAUAGGGGUUUCAUGGAGAUCGUUUUCCAGAACGAUGACACAAAAGUUCAGACGUAUCACAUUGAUGGAUAUUCAGUUUUCGUAGUUGGAAUGGACUAUGGGGAGUGGACAGAGGACCGUAGAGGCAAUUACAACAAGUGGGACGCUGUUUAUCGCUCUACGACUCAGGUGUUCCCGGGUGCAUGGACUGCCGUGUACGUCUCACUGGACAAUGUGGGGAUUUGGAAUGUGCGUGCCGAGAAUCUGGAUACAUGGUACCUCGGGCAGGAGGCCUACAUGAAGAUCGUCAACCCAGAACGUACUAACAAAACCGAGUUGCCUGUGCCAGAUAAUGUCCUCUAUUGCGGUCUCCUCCAGUAUCUGCAAAAGCCUCAGACACACAAGCAUUCCUCGGCUUCCUCGGUUUCAAACGGAGGCAAGCUCCUCCUCGCUUGGAUUCUGCUGUUGGCUUCGCUUGCGUUGGUCCCUUAAUAUGGCUGAACCAGGUAAAAGAACGCCACUGUUGUUCUUAUGUUUUUUACACCGAUAGGAACGUGAUUUGGUCUAAGUAGAGCGUAGAGCGUUCCUGGUCGAGGAUCAAAGGUUUGCCGACCUUUUUCUUUUCCAUAGAACAUCUUGCUUGUCCUCUAUGUUAGCUAAUUUGUCAUCUAUGACGGUAUGACUAUGAUUCUUCGACCAACAUAUAACCGAAGUAAUGAGUUAGUUGGAUUGCCUUA